AUGGGCCGCAUAAAGGAGAUCGACCGCAAACGCGUACGUCACGAGAAAGUGCGUAGCGGCUGCGACCAAUGUAAAAAGCGCCGCAUAAAGUGCCCAGAAGGCGAGCCAUGCCGUAGAUGUGUGAUCGCCAAACUUGAUUGCACCUACGCUGCUGCCGCCAAAGAGAGCAACGAUGGCUCAAGAGGCAAGUCCCAUGGAUCGAAGCGAGAAAUAAACCCAUCUGCAGACUUCAAGAGCUUUGUCGACGGACAGCAAUGGACUGACUUCUGGUUAGAAACUGAUGCACCGGACUCGACAUGGCCAGAACUCACUCACGUCACACAACCCUUAGGUGACCCUUCACAAAAGCAAUGGACCACAGAAUGGUGGAACGCUUCCUCCGCCCUCUACAAGACCCCGAAUGAUACACUAUUCACCGGCGAGCUCGAAACCAGUGGCCGGGGCUUCCAGCGCUACUGGUUGGAGAACUACACAGCCCCACGCUCAGUUCUUGCCUUACCUAUCUGGAUGGAACGGAUACACCAGCGAGCAUAUCACUUCCCGCCCCUGCGAGACCUGAUCAUAGCCAUGGGUAGCAUCGGCCUGUCAUUAGCUCGUGGCGACGAUGCUUCAACUCACCUUCGCGUUUUGCAGAAGACCCAGAAAUACGUCGAAACCGCUGUGCUGGGUCUCUCGACUGCCCAGCUCCCCACCAGCGUCAUGCUGUACUGCGCCUGGAUCUUCUGGCAGCUGGACCUGAUUCGGGGCAACCUCGCAACAUCAUACUUGCACGUCAUGAGCGCGAGAAAGAUCGCCGCGGAAGCACCUCCUGGCGGCGAGAUCGACGAUAUUGAGAUCAAAGGCCUCUUUGGCAUCGAUGAGCCCGACUGGGGUAUCGAUAUGAGUAUGGCACCGGAUGCGUUCUUACCGACCAACUCAGCUACAAAACGUAAGGAAAGCGCCCUGCCCAUCAUUCGAGGUACAUGGACCGACAUCUCGACCAUGAUUCUGGACGUCAACGCGGAUGUGACCAUUCCAGCAGAAGGCGGAACCAAGGAAAUGGUCCUGAAAGUUCUCGAAGAUGCGCGCAGUGACCUGGAAUGGCUGCUGCGGAAGUGGAGCAACGACCUGGCUUCCACCAAACAAGAGCAGAUGCCUUUCUGGCUGGACUUUGGCCCACUUGAGCCGCCCGAGAUGACGGCAACGUCAUCACCUCCAAAGUUCAUACAACAAGGCGCAUAUAUGCUCAACACCCAGGAUUCGCCCUCGCUAUCGGGCACAACGUGGACGCCUCCAAAAGACCUUCAAACAGGGGCAUAUCCAUAUGUGCUCAACCCCACGGCAAUAGCAUCUCCCGGCUCGAAAUUAGCUGGAAGCGAGUACCCACCAAUCCCACCGCCGGAUGAUUUGAGCGAGGGAUACAUCUUCAGUCCUCGAUCCGGGUCCGGGUCUCGAGCGAGCUCCUCGGAUACCAAUGCUCCCCGCCCGUCAUUCUGCUCGCUGUUUCAUCGUGCGCUGAAAAUCGCACGCGACGACGAACUUACCAAACAGGCUAUCGAUACGUUCCGAAUACAUUGUUUGCAGUUCGUGCCCCAGCUGGUCGUUCUGGUAGCACAGACCGAUCUGGGUAUGCGGCACGACGAGUUCCUAUUGCUGUCGCGUAAUAAUGCGGACAUUAGGCAAAGAGUGUCGUUUGCUGGCAAGGAGCCUGGAGGUGCUUUGAGGUCGUCGGGAGAGUUCUUCUAA